AUGAAGGAAGUGGGUUUCGAUCUAAGUGUUCUUCACUUCACAACAUUGAUAGAUGGACUGAGCAGGGCUGAAAAUCUGGAUGCCUGCAAGGCUGCUGGGGAGCUUGAGAAGGCUCAAGGAGUGUUUGAUGAGAUGAUCACUAAUGGGCAGCUUCUGAAUGUAUUUACAUACAAUGCUAUGAUCUGUGGGGUUUGUAUGGCAGGAAAGUUAGAGGAAGCAUGCUCCAUGCUUAAGGAUAUGGAAUCCAGAGGCUGUAAUCCAAAUUUCACCGUACACAGCACCCUAGUAAGUUAUUUGCAAAGUGCUGGAAAGCUUGCCAAAGCUCAUGAAGUAAUAACACAUAUGGUGGAGAAGGGGCAGAAUGUGCAUCUACUUUCAAAGUUCAAGGGAUAUAGGAGAUCUUAA